ACAAAUGCCGGGAAGCCGGGAGGACGCUGUCUGGCUUUUGUGGAAAGGAAUGGCGUGGAACGGGAGACGGAGCGGAGGCAGCCUCAGGCAAGUGAUCUUGUUCCUUCUGUGCGUUUGCGUGUGGCAGAGCGGGGCCGAAAGCCUCCGCUAUUCUCUGGCAGAGGAGAUGGAGAGGGACUCCUUUGUGGGCAAUGUUGCCCAGGACCUGGGGCUUACCCCGAGCCAGCUGGCAGCUCGCAAGGCGCGCGUUGUGUCGGAGGGGAACCAGCAGCUUUUCCGCCUCAACCCGAGCACCGGAGUGCUGACGGCCAAGGAAUCUCUGGACCGAGAGGAGAUCUGUCCUCAGAGCGAGACCUGUACGCUCUUCUUUACACUCUUUCUUGAUAACCCAUUGCAGCUGAUCCGAGGGGAGGUGGAGGUUGUUGACGUGAAUGACAACUCCCCUGUGUUCCCAGAGAAGGAGAUGGUUUUAGAGAUUUCCGAAAUGACAUCUCCAGGGUCCCAUUUCCCACUGCAAAUUGCCCGUGACAAGGACGUGGGCAGCAACGGGUUGCAGAAUUACAGCCUCGAGUCCAAUUCGCAUUUCUCCCUCGCUUUCGGAAGGGGGAAAGGAGGAAAAUAUCCAGAACUCGUUCUAGAGAGACAGCUGGACAGAGAAGAACUGCGAGAAAUUUAUUUACUCCUAAUUGCAGUGGACGGGGGUUUGCCUCCAAGGUCAGGCACGGCUCAGAUCCGGAUCGUGGUGUUGGAUGCCAACGACAACACCCCGAUGUUCAGUCGGGAAGUCUAUGAAGUGAGCGUGGCAGAGAACAGCCCCCCGGGGCAGCUGGUGGCCAGAGUAGAGGCAAGAGAUCCUGACGCAGGGUCCUACGGGGAAGUGCAGUACGCCUUCACACAGACAUUGGAGGGGUCUCAGCAGCUCUUUGACCUAAACCCUGACACGGGAGAGAUUCGAGUGACGGGAAAACUGGACUUCGAGGAUGCGAAAAAACACGAGAUGGUGGUGAAAGCCAGCGACGGUGGAGGGCUGUAUACUACUUGCAAAGUGCACGUGGAGGUGGUGGAUGUGAACGAUAAUGCCCCGGAGAUACAGCUAACCUCACACACUGCAUCCAUUCCCGAGGACGCACCACCACGCACACUGGUGGCCCUCUUCAGCGUACGGGACCGGGACGCCGGCGAAAACGGAAGGACGGAGUGCACCAUCGAAGGGGACUUGCCUUUCACUCUCACCCCCACCUUCGGCAAUUUCUACGAGCUGAGAACCAACGCGGCGCUGGACAGGGAGACGACGGCAGAGUACAACAUCAGCAUCCGAGCGACGGACUGGGGCCCGCGGCGCCUGAGCUCUCGGCAGAGCCUGUGGGUGCAGGUGUCGGACGUGAACGACAACGCCCCCGCCUUCAGCCAGGAGCUCUACAGCAUGUGGGUGACGGAGAACAACAGCCCCAUGGUGCGCAUCGGCAGCGUGCAGGCCAGCGACGCGGACGCGGGCAGCAACGCGCGCGUGCAGUACGCGCUGGUGCGUGAGGAGGGCGAGGAGCAGCCGGCGGUGUCGGUGAGCUCGGAGAGCGGCGACGUGUACGUGGUGCGCUCGCUGGACUACGAGCGGGUGCGCGCCUUGGAGGUGUGGGUGAGCGCGGCCGACGGCGGCUGGCCGGCGCUGAGCGCGCGGGCGCUGCUGCGCGUGCUGGUGCGCGACGAGAACGACAACGCGCCGGUGGUGCUGCACCCUGGUGCCGAGAGCGGCGCGGGCGCGGGCGAGCUGGUGCCGCGCUGGGCGCCGGCAGGCUACCUGGUGGCCAAGGUGGUGGCGGUGGACGCGGACGCGGGGCAGAACGCCUGGCUGUCCUACGAGCUGGCCAAGGCCACGGAGCCGGGGCUCUUCCGCCUCGGGCUGCACAGCGGCGAGCUGCGCACGGCGCGGGCCGUGGCCGAGCGCGACGCGCCCCGACACAGGCUCGUCGUGCUCGUGCGAGACCGCGGCCAGCCGCCGCGCUCGGCCAGCGCCACCCUCGCCAUCGCCCUGCUCCACGACUUCUCCGACGCCCAUGUGCGCCUCAGCCAGGACGCGCCGCCCGCCGAGCCCGACGACACGCUCACUCUCUACCUCAUCGCCUGCCUGGCCUGCGUCUCCGCGCUCUGCCUGGCCACCGGCCUGGCCGCCCUGCUCAUGAAGCUGCGGCGGGACAGGCAGAGACACGCCGAGCCCUUGCCCACCUUCCCGACGGCUGUCGCCGAGAGCGACGCAGGCUCCCUUCCCCGCAGCCUUGUGUACGACGUGUGCUUGGCCACUGGCACCCUGAGUAGCGACUUUCAUUUCCUCGGUCCGCUCUUGCCCUGUUUCCCUGCCGGGAUGCCCCCCGGCGGUGCCCCUCAGCGGAGCUCGGUGUGCUCUCAAGAGACGUCCAACCUCGGAGAAGGAGGCCACUCUGCUGCACAGGGCAGAGCUCCUAUCUCUGAAGACAAGAGUCCCAGACCUGUUGAAGAAGCUUGUCCUGCAAACAGGGGGAUGGAGAUAAAUGUCAGUUCUGAUCAAAACCCUUGGCUCACCCAUCAGUAAGUGAGGAGAAAGACAAGCUUGUCUGUCCUCACCAGCUAAGGUCCUUACACGGAAAAGAGAACAAAGAGACCAAACAUCUACGAAAAAAGCACCUGAAAGUUACAAAUCUUCUUUGAGAGGCAGCAAAAUCUCUCUCCUUUUGAGCAGUACUUUAUUCAUGUAGAUAUUUUGAAACAGUGACACGGAUGUAGAUGAGGACUGUGUUGCAUGCUGCUUACACUGAGACUUUGUGUGUGAUUAUGAGUGUGCUUCUGCUUCAGAACCUAAGUUUUCACUACAGCACCUUUUUUGUGUGUGUGUAUUUUGUCCUAACGAGGCAGCUCUGUAACUAUCUCUUAAUUGUCGGCAAUCUGGGCAGUACCAGGCAAACAGAUCUUCAGCAGAAUUCAGUGAUGAUUGCAAAGGGAUUUCUUAACAUCAGGCAGAAGCUGAUUACAUCAGAAAUGGCUGACAUUGGCACACUUCUGUUUGAGCAGGAGUUUACAGGGUCUCCAGAAUCUAAAGAGUGGGCUUUGAGCAAUGUGUCCUUCUAGUCAUAUAAUGAAGUUGAAAUUAACAUCAAGAGGGUUUUUUGGGGUUUUGAUUUGUUUGGGGGGUUUUAUUUCUUUGGGAUUUUGUUGUUGAUUUUGUGUGUUUGGGGGCUUUUGUUUGUCUAUUUGUUUUGGUAGCUUGAUCACAGAGAAUUAAAGGCUUUGGGUUUGGUUUUGAGGUACAUUUGUUUAAAACGUUUUCAGGGGUCUUAAGGCACUGUAGACUAUAGGGCAUCAAGAAGCUUUCUGCUUUCCUUUCUUUAACUGGUAAUAAUCUAUAAAGUCCUGUGAUAUUUGCUGGCUCUCACACACCUUUAAGUGUCAAAUAUCUGAUAAUAGAAAUCAAUAAAGUCUACUUGGAACUCCCUUGGCUGGGUGUGCUGUCUGGAAUAUCACUUGUCCAGUCAUGAUUGAGAAAAUUGCCUCCUCAAAAGCUGGAUUUUGGGAACAAAUCCAAGCCUUUGGAGUGGAUUUUAUGGAGGGAAAAACAGAGCAACC